AUGCAGUCUCAGAUACCGAUUCCAAUUCCAGAAUACUCUCAGAAAGAAAAAGAGCCAAAUCAAGAAGGGGAAGCAGUAGGGUUGGAGAGUUCCAAUAAGAGUACUCCUAGGCAGUCAGUGUUAAAGAUUUCAGAGGGUUUCGAGGGGAUACAAAGUCAAAAGGGAGCUGAAAGAGUUGAUAUGGAGACUGAAUACCCAGGUGAAAGUAGGUUGGCAGAGUUUGAGGAAAUGCAGGAGAAACAACAAGUACAUGGGGAAGGAAAACAAUGCAAUAAAGCUAAGGGAUGGAGAAGGGUCAGUGAUAGAAGUAAGGUGUUGACCCAAAAGGCUCAGGAAUCAUUAUCUCAAACUCACAAAAAGCUAUCCAAAAGAAAAUUGGUUAGGGAUGGUUUGACCACAAAUAUUUGGAAAGAUCCUUGGCUCUUGACUCACAGUACAGGAAGGCCUCUUCUCAAAUCAGGAAUUACAAGUCACCUUCAGACUGAUAGGUGUUAA